CUAAUGGCACCUUUCAUGCCUCCUUCUCUGGUCUUCUCUCCCUCAUUUCUUGGCUUGAGGUCCUCCAUUUCGUGCCUACACACUUCUCACCAACCCCCUUAUAUUUAUAUAUAGCACCCCUUUUCCCUUCCAAGUUCAUCGCAUUCUUCUCUUCUGCACAGCCUAAAAGUCGAGUCUCCCACCCAAGCCAAGCACAGCAACGUUGAUGAUAAUGCUGACCGCCAUGACCAAGCCUUCGCUGUUGCUGCUCGCCUUCUUCUCCCUCCUCGUUGUUCCUCCCUGCCUUGCCGCGGACCCCGACAUGCUGCAAGACAUCUGCGUCGCAGAUCCUGGCUCAGGCGUCAAGCUGAAUGGAUUCGCCUGCAAGCCGGCGGAAAACGUGACAGAGGCGGACUUCUUCUUCAAGGGGCUGGCCACGCCGGGCGCCACCAACAACACCAUGGGCUCCCUCGUGACCGGCGCCAACGUCGAGAAGAUACCCGGGCUGAACACCCUGGGCGUGUCCAUGUCCCGCAUCGACUACGCCCCCGGCGGGCUGAACCCGCCCCACACCCACCCGCGCGCCACCGAGAUCGUCUUCGUCCUCGACGGCACCCUCGACGUGGGCUUCAUCACCACCGCCAACAAGCUGAUAGCCAAGACCAUCACCAAGGGCGAAGUCUUCGUCUUCCCCCGUGGGCUCGUCCACUUCCAGAAGAACAACGGCGCGGUGCCCGCCGCCGUCAUCGCCGGCUUCAACAGCCAGCUCCCCGGCACCCAGUCCAUCGCUGCCACCCUCUUCGCGGCAACCCCGACGGUGCCCGACGACGUCCUCGCCAAGGCCUUCCAGAUCGGCACCAAGGAGGUGGAGGAUAUCAAGAGCCGCCUUGCGCCCAAGAAGUGAGGCGGCAAUGGAUCGAGUCAACGAGACUCCGUAACCGCCCGUGUGUUGUUAUCUUCGGUCAACAUUUGUUUUGAAGUCAUUACGUGGUUGAAGAAUAAAGAGUGUCAUAACUACUUCAAUGUGUUGGGCACCUCAGCCUUUGUUCGAUGCUUAUUCAAUCAUUAGCUAAUAAUAAUGCUCAAACAAGCUUAAUCAUUUCA